UUCAUAUGUACGUAAUCAGCGGAGCGAACGCGCUUUUCAUAAUCAAACGUUGAAAGAGUGGAUCUGGGAGUGCGUAGUUUGACGGCCAGGCCUCGUUGGACAUGCUGACCGCCUUGGGGUCCUCGUCCAUCGGUGUGAACAAGGACCUGGUGGAUGACCUUAACAAGAAUGUCACCAAUAAAGCCACAGGUGGUGGGGGUUCAGGGGGUGAUGGGGGCCCCUCCCUCACCCAGCUGGAGUCCCCCCCACCCACCACCCACACCCACACCCACCCACACGCCCACCACGCCCACCACCAACAGCCAGGUGGACCGCCCACGCUGGCUAAUCUGGAUGUUCAGUCAUCCAAUACUAACUCUCACAGACCUGGAGAUGUGUCUGGAGGGCUAGGGGGCAUGGGGCUCGGGUCUGAAGCAGACAAGGCCGUUAAGCCCAAACGGCACCGCACGCGGUUCACCCCAGCCCAACUGAACGAGUUGGAGCGUUCCUUCACCAAGACUCACUACCCGGACAUCUUUAUGAGGGAGGAGCUGGCUAUGAGGAUCGGACUCACGGAGAGCAGAGUACAGGUAUGGUUCCAGAACCGUCGGGCCAAGUGGAAGAAGAGAAAGAAGAGCAGUUCGGUGUUCCGUUCUGCGGGUUCCCUGCUACCGUCUCCGUCGCUGCCACCUUUCCCGCCCAUGGGAGGGGACUCCUUCUGCGGCUCCAUGUUCCCUUCCUCUGACACACGCUGGGCCAUGGGCGGCAUGACGCCCAUCAACACAGGUGUGGGGACAGGCAGCCUGGGACUUGCCUCACCACUACAGCGACAAGGACUGGGACAGCUGGGACAAGGCGGCAUGAGUAUAUCCCAGACCUUCAGCCAAUCCUUGGGACAGGGAUUCGGUCAAGGCUUUGGCCAGGGGCUAGGCCAAGGCUUGGGACUGGGCCAAGGGCAGGGCUUGGGACAGGGGCUGGGACAGGGGCUGGGACAGGGGCUGGGACAGGGGCUGGGACAGGGACUGGGACAGGGACUAGGGGGUUCGACGUCCCCCCUGCCCUCAGGGCUGUCAAAUAUGGGCGGGUCGCCGCCCACAUCCAUGUAUCAGCCCCACUACCAGACCUUCACCUCUCUCAACACCGCCCUCGGUGAGUACACAGGAUCACCUCUGAACUCCCCAGGCCUCCCCAAUGGUCUCGGCUCCCCUGCCACGCCCCCACACAGCGGCUCCUCCUCCCCAGCCUCACACCAGCAGCAGCAGCAGCAGCUACAACAGCAGCACCAGCAGCACCAGCAGCUGGGAGGUCAGCAGCAGCAACAGCAGCAGCAGCAGCAGAGUCAGGUCAACUGUGCCAUGGGGUCCAUGGGUAUGAAUGUUGCCGGGGAGGAUAUGUGGCGGGGGUCAAGCAUUGCGCAGCUGCGCCGGAGGGCCUUCGAGCACUCCGCCUCUAUGGCUGUCUUCCGGUAGGUCAUCUAUGGUCGCGUGCCGGUAGGUCGUCUAUGGUCGCGUGCCGGUAGGUCGUCUAUGGUCGCGUGCCGGUAGGUCGUCUAUGGUCGCGUGCCGGUAGGUCGUCUAUGGUCGCGUGCCGGUAAGGUACCAUUGGUCAUGCUUAAAUCUGGCGUCGUGGCGGCCGUUCACGAAGGGUGACCAUACCCACGUUCCGGUACAGAGGACUGGAUGGCUUCAGACAGUACUUCCAUGGUCGUGACUACAGAGUAACCAUAGUCGUUAUUGUCGUUAUUACAGAGGGUAACCAGGGCCAUGUUCAACAGUGCCAUUAGUGUCCGUAUACACGAGGGGAACCAUUAUGUGACUCUGUAGUCGGUGUGUAGAGAAAGCUGGACUGUUAUCAGAGGUGACAGUGUCAGUGGCACGGUGAAAAUGGUCACAAUAGAAGGGAAUCUUUGUAAUGCAACGAUAACCAUCUUGUAUAUAAAAAAUAGUUAACGAAUGUAUUAUAUUUUUAUGGCUGUUGGUGACAUUCGCCGCUGGUGGGGGCAAGAUAUGGCUCCGACGGCUACCUUGAGUUAUUACACUAGUCUGCCCUCUCACACUCUCCGUUUUCUCUCAUUGGGUGUCAUGGCCGCCUUGCCAGCCGUCGCUCUCGCAUCCAACUCUUCCCCAAUAUUGUUCCUCCUCACGGCCUCACCCCUACACCAACUCCUCUAGUUUACUUGUAGAAUUAGUCUUUGCACAGUUUUUGUAAUAUACGGUUUUCCAGGAUGUUGUAUAUGUGGAGAUAUAUAUACAUAUGUGUGUGUGUGUUUGGGACUCAUAUGGCAGUGUGUGAUAAGUAGGUGGCUUCGUCCCCAUGUAUACGAUAAUAGUGUAGCGAAGGUAGAUGUCUCAGGUGAGACAAGACAUCUCCAGGCGAGGCACGAGACGCAGCCGCUGCGCUCGCGUCUCCACCAGCCAAUGGGAGAGCCCGCCAGGCGCUCGGGCCCGCCUGAUACCAGCCGAGAUGUCUUAGAAAACAAAAAAAAACUCAGUAAUGUUGGUGUAUACUCAGUCAACCAGUGUUCUGUAGCCAGAUUAGACCCGUUCAUUGUUCCAUUUUGAGUGUUCAUGUUCUUAGCUUCAGGUUUGUGUAUAGUUUUCUGAACUCGUGCGUCUCUAAACCUCCCACAAGAUCAAUAAAACCAGGAUGUUAACAUAUCAACAUAGACAUGAUAGCCGUCUCCCCUGUAGACCUAUUUAGCCAGAUUUCAGUAGGCCGAGUGCGAUAGAUGACACGACAAUUAUAUGUUUGUACUCUUAGGUUAAUGUUGUCCACUGUAAGCCUUGUAAAUAAAGCAGCAGUCACUA